GGGAGCGGCGCGGGGCGCUAGCACCGUGGGAGGCGCGCGCCUGCGCCUGGCGGCGGGAAGGGGCUCGCGUGUCUCCCGCCUGUCCUCAGGGGCGGUUGGCGGGCUGAGGGGACGGGCCGUGUGGCGGGCAGGUGCCGCCUGUGGUGUGGGGAGUGCGGAGAGGGGUCGGUGCUACUGUAGCUGAGACGGGACUUCGCUCUAAGCUGCGAAUUUCAGGGUGGGAAGGAGUUGGUGGGGCCGGUAUUAAGCAAAGUGGACCUUUGCACGUCCGAACUUCUCUGUAGCGAUAGUGUAACUCUUGUUAUUUGUCCAGACUGGAUGUGGCUCAGGUGAAAUAUCAAAGCUCCAAAAUACUUCGGUCUACGUGACUUAUUUUGAUGAGAAAGGACGCACUGUGGAACUUCAAUAAGUAGUGAACAAGCACUUUUUAAUAACGCACUCUUCUGGAAGCUGUCCUGUUCUUGUUGCUGGGGGAGUGCAGUGAGAGAGGUUGGCUGUAGGGAGCUGAAUCAACUUAGUGGAAGGUCACAUGAGCAACUGAGCUGGUAAAAGGUAGAGGACCCCAGGGCUGGGAGCAGGAGGUAUGUGAGUAAGGGACAGAGAACGGAAGGGGAUCUCACACUGUGAAGGCAGGGAGCUGGUGGGGAUCAAUGAACCGCUGAGCCAAGGAGAAAGAUUCUUCGUCCUUCACUUGUGAGGAGCUUUUGUGUCUCACAGAACACUCAAGGCCUGGGUAACGCAGAUUAAAAUGAAAGGUUUGAAAAUACUUCAGAACAUUUGACCGUCUCCUACCCAGCGUGUCCUUGAGUUCUCCUCCAUCCCACUGCAGGGGAGUAAGUGAGCAUCUACCUGGUACUUAGCUGCCUGGAGGGCUAAACCACAACAGUAUCUGAUUCAAAAGUUUAUUGAAGUAAUUGCCAAGAUAGAUCUUAAAGCUAAACCUGAGAAAAAGAUGAUCAAGUGAAGUCAUUAAAUGGAAUUCCUUCAUGUGGACAGCUAUACUGCAGAAACAUCAGAAUCAUGGAGGGGCUCUUGCAUUACAUAAAUCCAGCACAUGCCAUUUCACUUCUAAGCGCACUGAAUGAGGAGCGUCUAAAGGGACAGCUAUGUGAUGUUGUUCUCAUAGUAGGAGAUCAGAAAUUUCGAGCUCAUAAAAACGUUCUAGCUGCCAGCAGUGAAUACUUCCAGACUCUGUUCACAAAUAAGGAGAAUGAGUCUCAGUCAGUGUUUCAACUAGACUUUUGUGAACCAGAUGCUUUUGAUAAUGUGUUAAACUACAUUUAUUCUUCAUCCUUGUUCAUUGAGAAAGGCAGUCUUGCAGCUGUGCAAGAACUGGGCUACAGCCUUGGAAUAUCCUUUCUUACAAACAUUAUUUCUAAGAGCCCUCAAGCUCCUUUUCCAGCUUGCCCCAUUAAGAAGAUACUGUAUCAAGAUGAAGAUGAAAGUAGUUCUCAGAAGAGGAGUGUCAUUGUCUGUCAGAACAGAAACGAAGCACAAGGGAAGAGUGUAAAUCAAACACAACAUGAUUUAAGCCAUACUUCUAAACCUUUACACUCUGUUGCUGUCAAAACUAGCAUUAGACCACAAGUAGCAAAGCCAACUGAAACCCUUCACAAUUUAUCAUUGACUGAAAGGAGAUGGCUGAAAGAAAACCCUGUGAGCUAUACCAAGUUUCAUGAAACUUCUGGAACUGUGGAGGAUCAGAACAGAGGUGGUUUAGUGAAAAGGAGCACAGUAUUGCCUCAAAAACCUUUAGCAGAGAAAGAAAUUGCAAGCAAUGAACCAGGAAGCAGUAGUCAGCUUUUAAGAGGAAAGGCUGCAGAGUUAUCCUUAAAAAGACCACGUCCACCAGUCUUAUCUCUGCGUGGCUCAUCGGAAUCUACGUUUUUGUUGCGAGAGGCAGGAAAAGGAAAUGGUCAAGGUGAAGAUAGGAAUUUGCUAUACUACUCAAAGUUAGGGCUAGUAAUCCCAUCUAGUGGAUCUGGUCCUGAAAACCAAAGCAUUGACAGAAGUGGUCCACUUGUAAAGAGUCUCCUUCGAAGGUCACUGUCUAUGGACAGCCAGGUUCCUAUUUAUUCACCUUCUGUUGACCUAAAACCUUCGCAGGUAUCCUCCUCCUCUUCACCAGGAACUGCUGAUUCCCAGAAGAUAUUUAAUGUUGCAUCUCAAAAGUCGUGCUUGAAAGAGUCAUCAGAGAAGUUAGCCUUAGAUGAAAAGCCACAGGUAAUGCACCCACAUCGCCUUAGGUCUUUCAGUGCCUCUCAGACAACCGAUAGGGAAGUUGCUUCCCCUCUUACAGAGGUGCGAAUAAAAACUGAACCUAGCAGUCCACUUUCAGAUCCUUCUGAAAUAAUAAGAGUUACAGUGGGCGAUGCAUCAGUAUCUACAAAUAAAGACUUUCCUUUUAAAACUGAGGAUGAUCAUAAGGAACCAAGUAGACUUCCAGCAAAAAGGAGAUUUCAAGCUGAUAGAAGGCUACCAUUCAAGAAACUCAAGGUGAAUGAGGAGGGUUCUCCUGAGUUGGAAGAGAACUUUGAGGAAGGCUCAAGCCCUACGCACCUUGAUGCCGAUUUUGCCGAUUCUGAUGUCAGUAAAGAUGAAUACAGUGAAAUGGAAGAAGCGAGACCAAAUAAAAAAUUUAAAUGCAAACACUGCCUUAAAAUUUUCAGAUCAACAGCAGGUCUUCAUCGUCAUGUUAACAUGUAUCAUAAUCCAGAAAAGCCCUAUGCUUGUGACAUAUGCCACAAGAGAUUUCACACAAAUUUCAAAGUGUGGACGCACUGCCAGACACAACAUGGAAUUGUGAAGAAUCCCUCACCAGCUUCCAGUUCACAUGCUGUUUUGGAUGAAAAAUUCCAAAGAAAACUGAUCGAUAUAGUGAGAGAGAGAGAAAUUAAAAAAGCUCUAAUAGUUAAACUAAGACGUGGCAAGCAAGGUUUUCAAGGACAAUCUACUUCACAAGCACAACAAGUCAUCAAAAGGAAUUUAAGAUCAAGAACCAAAGGAGCCUAUAUUUGUGUCUACUGUGGAAAAGCUUAUCGUUUCCUCUCUCAGUUCAAACAACAUAUAAAAAUGCAUCCAGGGGAAAAACCAAUUGGAGGAAAUAAGGUUCCUAAGCAGAAAGACCAUAUUCAUAUUGAAAGUCCUGUAGAAAACAAGGAAGUUUAUCAGUGCCGUCUCUGUAAUGCUAAGCUCUCUUCACUUAUUGAGCAGGGAAAUCAUGAGCGACUCUGUAGAAAUGCUACUGUCUGUCCUUACUGCAGCCUUAGAUUUUCUUCCCCAGAGCUGAAGCAUGAGCAUGAAAGCAAGUGUGAAUACAAGAAGCUUACUUGUCUUGAGUGUAUGCGCACCUUCAAAUCAUCCUUUAGUAUUUGGCGUCAUCAAGUUGAAGUUCACAAUCAGAACACAAUGGCUCCAUCAGAGAACUUCUCUUUACCUAUCCUGGACCACAAUGGAGACAUAACUAGUUCAUCAAGGUUGCAUCCUCAGUUGGAAUCCAAUAAAAUUAACAAUUUUACUGCAAAGGAAGACGGAGUAUUCAGUGACUCGUCAGAACAGAUUAAUUUUGAUUCUGAAGAUUCCUCUUGCCUGCCUGAAGACUUAAGUGUUUCCAAGCAGUUUAAAAUUCAAAUCAAGGAAGAGCCUGCAGAUGACAUAGAGGAUGAGGUCACUGAGACAAGCAGAGAACCAAAGGAAGUAGUCUCCAACAAAGAUGCUGGUUUGUGGCCCUGUGAGAAGUGUGGGAAGAUUUUCACUGUACGCAAGCAACUGGAGCGUCACCAAGAGCUCUUAUGUUCUGUGAAGCCGUUUAUUUGUCAUGUGUGCAACAAGGCCUUCCGAACCAAUUUCCGGCUGUGGAGUCACUUCCAGUCCCACAUGUCGCAGGCUGCAGAGGAGUCCACAAAUAAGGAGCCUGAGGUAUGUCCACCAGCUAAUUCCCCAUCACCACCACCUUUACCUCCGCCCCCACCACUACCCAAAAUCCAGCCUUUGGAGCCUGAUAGUCCAACGGGCUUGUCUGAAAGCUCCACUACUACUGAAAAAUUAUUUGUACCGCAGGAGUCAGAUACGCUCUUCUACCAUGCUCCACCACUCUCAGCAAUCACAUUCAAAAGACAGUACAUGUGUAAACUCUGUCACAGGACUUUCAAGACAGCUUUUAGUCUUUGGAGCCAUGAGCAGACACACAAUUAGCUUUCAGAGAUACCUUAAAAAGCCGAUUUGAUGGAGGCUGUUUUCAGGAUCUCAGAUGUAUGCCAUGUAAACUUGAAAUUUAAAAGAUCAAAACAACGAUGACAGAAGAUUCUGAAUUUGUGAUCCUGCUUGGGUUUGGAGAUUAAGGUAAACUAACUUCGUUAGUAGGUAGAAAGCUGGGUAAUUAAAGAUAGUAUGGACUGGGGUCUAAUAGUAACAGAAUAAUUUUGAUUUCAUUUAACACUGAAAUGCCAUCGCAUCUGGAUUGUAUGCAUGGAUCUUCAUCCUGUGAUGUUGGUGUGUGCGUGUGUAUUAUAUAUAGAGUUAUAUAUUAAAUGGAAGAGCAACAAUGAUUUGGAUUCUAACUGUGAGUUUAUAGUGGUGAAAUACUGUAACCAACUUCAUUGUUUGUUUUUUCUUUUCUUAAAGAAACCAACACAGAAGCUCCAUAUAAAUAGCUGCCAUGCACUUGCGGUUAGGGAGGAAGUGAAUGGAGUGUCUUACUGUAUUGACUUAGGUCUUAGAGAUCUUUAGCAAUAACGAAUAAACCUCAUGUUUCAGUAAUCCCGAUAUUAUUGGAUACGAAUGUUUGAUAUUUUAAGGGAACAUAAAAUUGUUUUGUUGUUAUAUGGAACUUGUGCAAAUUAAAGUAGAAUUUAAAAUCAGCAAUAUUAUUAAUAAGAUUUUAUAUUAAAAAAAAUAGCAGCAAGCCUGCUUUCAGCCAUUUAAUUAUAAGUUUCUAAGGAAAACGGGGGGAGGGGGUACAUCGCUUUAUAUAACGUCCCAAAGACUAAUUUACUAUGGAUAUUUCAGUAGCUAAAGUCAUUGUAUUAACAGCCAUCGUAAUGCAAAUGUUACUGUUUGUAAUAUGAACUAAGAUUGAAUGGAUGUCACUGAAGUUUCAUAAUUUUGUUUCCACUAUUUGUACAACCGUUUGUAAUUCUAACUGCAAAGGAAUGUAGAACUAUUUAAAAAAAAAGAGCUCAUUAAUGGAUAGAAGAUGAGUUGUGUUCCUACGCUCAGUAAUAAGCUUGGCCAUGAGUACAAAGAUAAGUUUUAACACAAAGUAAAAAUGUAAAUAUUUAUAUAGACAUCUGUAUAAAUGAAGAAGUAUGUAUUUGAAAUUUGUAUUAAGCGUGCAUAUCCAGCUCAAAGCAGAGGAAAAAAACAUCACAUUACUAUCACUGUAUUUUAUGAAUACAACGCUUAGAAUAUUUCUUUCUGCCGCUUCCUAUCAUUUGUGGUACUGUUAUGCAGUUUUCUAAUCUGUUGAAAAUCAUGAGAAUAAUGUGCUGCAGAUGCUUUGUGCAGUUCCAUUAUUUUACCACAAAUCACAACUGGAGCAUUUAGUGUAAGUAGGAUGAUAGAUAUUUACCAAGAGCUACAGCAAGGGUCCAAAAUGACUCUCUAAGUCAAAGAAAUGUUUACCCAGAAGUCGUGGUAAAUUAAGUGAAUUUUUUUUCUGCUGGAAUUUAAACUUGAAGGAGUAGUGCAGGAUUACAGUGAACAGCAAGAACAUCAGUGAUGCAAAUGGUAUUAACGGUCCUGACCUACUUUACCCCAGAAGUUGAGAGAGUGAGGUUGCAAUCCACACUAUCUAGUCAGAGCCCAGUCUGUGUUCAUUGAGAGGAGCAAGAGUUUGCUCACCAGUUUCGGUGGGAACAGGAGUGAGGCUUUAGUUCUAUUUGGCUCUAAUUGUGAAUUUUUUUUUUCAGCAUCCUGCACUCAAAAAGAAUUGCUUGCUCAUACCAGCAUUUCAUUUAGCAAAACAAAGCACUAGUUUAACUCUUCAGAAUCUGAGGAUGAGCACCCUCGUUUAGGCACACACUGGAAAAGAUUUUCUCAGUUGAAGUCCAAGUGUGCCACUGUUAGUUUUCUCCUAACAGAAUUUUUUAGUGUUUUUUCUGCGAUUGGACCACUGACUUUCUUUUUAGCUACAAAAAAAAAAAAAAAAGCCGUCUUAUUUUCAAGCCUCUUGUUUCAUUUUUUGAUGAAAAUGGAAAAUUGUUGCUAGACGUUAUUUUUGUCCUCUUCCAGGCAAACUUGAUCUCAAGUUAGUCAUGUUAAUCUAUCACUAUUAGUUAAAUUGUUUAGGUGAAAUUGCAGUUAGAACAACGUUCUUAAGUACUUGUUUGAUAUUGACAUUUUUUGUAUCACCUGAUAAGACUAAAUUAAUUUCUUACAAGAAAAAAAGUCAAAUGCUUACUGCACUUAACCUGAUUUAACAAAAUGAGAAAAAGGUAAAGACUUGCCGAGUAUACUUUAAAUGUAUUUAAGAAAUGUGUGCAUAGAAAAUAUGAAGAUGUUCUUGCAAACUGAUACCUAAGUUUUCACCAAUUGUUCCUCUUCACAACAGCACAGUAGUUUAUAUCCAGCCUUUUAAAAAUCAGUGUACUUUCUAAAGGAAAAUGGCAACUAGUCAGCUAUGUUACAGUCAUCAAAAUUCCAACUGGGAAUCUGAUGUAUGGUGUGAUGAUUAAAAAAACCCACACUUAAAAUGAAAAGUAUGUACUACAUCUUUGAAGAAACGUUGGCCUUCUUCCUAGUACACUAUGUAUUAUAUUAAAAAAAAAAAAAAAAAAAAAGUUGGGUCUAAAUAGCCUCCUUCUUAGCUUUUCUCCAGAUUAUCUUAAGUUCUGUUUUUAACUUGGAGUGUGUUCUGUGUUUAGUUUUGUUUUUUAAAUUCAGUUCCUGCUUCGUAAAGAAUUAAGGAUAUCUGAAGUUUAAAUAUGAGAUGUUUAUAUAGUAGUUCUGGUUUUCUAUUAGCUUUUAUACAGUACCUUAAAAAACCCUUGAUAGAAGUGUUUAUUUUGGAGGAUAUGGAAUAAAUAUGCUUCCACUUAUAUAACUUUAAUAUAUGUUUAAAAAGUUAAAUUAUGGAAAAAAAUGUUAGUUGUUUGUUUAUAAAUAUCUUCUGAAGAGUGUCUAGUUUGGCCACAGCCAAAAUAAAAGGCAAAUUUAUUGAUACAAAAACCUGUCCUCAUCAUAUUUUGUUUAAUUUUGUAAUUGUGUGCUGAAGUGAUGCAAAUAUAGAGCUCUUGCUAAAUACAAAAAGGGUUUUUUUCUUUAAAUUUGUGACAGGAAUGUGCAGAUGUUUUAAUAUAUAUAGCUUAGAAUUUUUAAUUCUUUCCUUUUUUUGUUAUUUUUGUCCUUUGUCAGAUAAAUCUCAGAGAUCCGUACUGCUUCAGUGGAAGUACAGUGAAAACUUCCAUUGCAUUUAAGAGAAGCAGGGUUGAGCCAUGGUUUGGGACUUAUUUUCCUUUCAGGCACUGUGUUGGCAAAGGUCUAAGCACGUGAUUAAGUUCCGAUGAGAUCAGUCUUAACUUUUUUUUAAAAAUGUGCAUAGGUUUUUUGAUAAAUUGGGACCAUGGUCACCCAUUGAAAGUGAGAAAUGACAUAUGGGUCUAUUUUUUUAUGUUCUAGAACGAAAAGUUAAAAUGAGUUUUCCUCUGCAUAAAAUCUGCAUGUACACCUAAAAUAUAAUUCUGCAGUCUUACAAAAACAAAGGACACCAAGCAGUAAUAAUCGACCUGAGCUUCUGUAAGACCUUUGAUAUGGUCCCCCAUAACAUUCUUGCCACUAAAGUGAAGGGGUAUGUAUUUGAGGGAUGGACUGUUAGCUGGGUAGAGAAAUGGCUGGAUGGCCAUGUUCAAAGAGUUACAGUCAACAGCUCAUUGUCCAGGUGUAAACCAGUAACAAGUGGUGUCCCUUGAGGGUCCAUAUUGGGACCAGUGCUAUUUAGCAUCUUCAUGAAUAGUGGCAUCUCACAGGGAUAGUGGGAUUGAGUGCACUUUCUGCAAGUUUGUGUAUGAUGUGAAGCUACUCAGCUUAUGUGGUUGAUACUUUAGAGGGAAGGGAUGCCAUCCAGAGGGUCCUUGACAGGCUCGAGGAGCAGGCCUCCUCAUGAUGUUCAACAGGCCAAGAGCAAAGUCCUGCAUCCGAGUCAAGGCAGUUCUCAAUUUCAGUAUAGGCCAGGUGAUGAAUGGAUUGAGAGCAGCUCUGAGAAGAAGGACUUGGGGGUUCUAGUAGCUGAAAAGCUUGACACGAGCCAGCAGUGUGCACUUACAGCCUGGAAGGCCAGCUAUAUCUUGGGCUGCAUCAGAAGAUGGCUGACCAGCAGGGCAAAGGAGGAGAUUGUCUCCCUCUGCUCCUCCCUUGUGAGGUCCCACUUGGAGUACUGCAUUCAGCUCUGGGGCCCCCAGAACGAAAGGUACGUGGAGCUGUUGGAGCAGGCCCAGGGGAGGCCACGUGGAUGAUCAGAGGGGUGGAGAGCCUCUCCUGUGAAGAUAGGCUGAACGUGGUGGGCUUGUUCCAUCUGGAGAAGAGAAGGCUCCGGGGAGACCUCACUGUGGCCUUCCAGUACUUAAAGGGGACCUACGAGAAAGCUGGAGAGGGACUGUUUAUGAGGCAGUGUAGUGAUAGGACAAGGGGAAAGAGCCUUAAACUAAAAGAUGAUUGAUUUAGAUUAGAUAUUAGGAAGAAAUUCUUUACUCAGAGGGCAGUGAGGCACUGGCACAGGCUGCCCAGAGAAGCUGUGUGUGCCCAAUUCCUGGCACUGUUCCGGGCCAGGCUGGAUGGGGCUUUGGGCAACCUGGUCUAAUAGGAAGUGUCCCUGACCACGGCACAAGGUUUGGAACCAGGUCUUCACAGUCCCUUCCAACUCAAAACGUUCUAUGAUGCUAUGAUACUUCUUUUAUUUUAUUUUUUUGCAUAUGGAGAAUAGAAACACCCUGGCAAUUGAGAAGAUAACCUCCUGAAGCAGUGGGUGACGCUAGACUUUUUCUCGUGUCUUUCAGAAUGGAGAUGUAGCCUUAUCCACGAACCCAAACACAGCUGUGAGACUUGUUCCUGCAUUUCCUAUUUAGGCAAGCAUUCUAGUGACAUCCGGCAGAAUUUGUUUUGUUUUGCUAAUUAUUUCCCCCAAAUAGCAUGUGCAGGUUUGGUCUGAAGCUAUACAUACUCUGGUUUUGUUCCAAACUUCAGGUGAUAAAACUAGGGGUUCCACACAUGGGAUAAGGAUGGACUUAUGCCAACCUUCUUGGCGCUAACAGUGAGGGUGCAAAUAUCUGGCAUGAGCCUGUAAUCUGGCAUGUGCCUAUACUGUUCAAUAAAAUUGUUUACAUUUUCCUACCAGAAGAUUUAGAUAAAAAUCACAGUAAGGUUAGGAUUUUUUUAAUGUUGCUGUUAAUUAAUCAGUGUUAAUUUUUUUUAUUUUUAUUUUUAUUUUGGUUGAACGCAGCCUGAUAGUAUUUUUAAUGUCUUUGAUUCUUGUUUAUUUAAAACAACUUGUGAAAAAUUGUACUAUAACUGUUGUACAUAAAGGGACACUAUCAAGAGAAAGAUUAUAUGCUAUAAAUAUACUUAGCCGUAUUACAAAUAAGUGAUACAAAUAAAUUCAAAGAAAACAUGAAUUGACUCAUGACACUUGAGCUCGUUAGGCAUGAAAGUGCCUAUUAAAGGCAUUUUCCCAAAUUGUUGCAAAGGUGCCAGAAAAAUAGAUCUGAAUUCUGUGGGUGGAGCUCACUUUUCAUGUUGCUUUUUCUCUAUCCCAGAAUAAAGGACUAGGUCUGUUUUUCCUUUUUUGUUUCUUCGGUGAUGCAUGGUACCUUUUGAAGAUGCACGCUUCUCACUGCUGCGGCGUGUUUAAUUAAAGCAUGUAUGUAAGAACAGGAAAAACUACCAGAACCAAUCUUUUUUGCAGAAUACAUAUAAAGUACACAUUUUCGUGCUUAUCCUUGACAGUGUCCCUUUUAGAAAGCAGGAAAGUUGAAUCACUUGUAGUAUUUGGGUGCAGGAGAAUAGUUUGAUGCAGUUUCUAGAAGUUGGAGUUAAACAGUAUAUUUGCUAUAGAUUUUCAAUUCGUUACGCAAAAUCACUUGUCAUUUUAAAGCGUUAUAGAGGUAAGACACAAGAAGCUGUUUUUUUAAUCCUGUAUACCUUACAGUCAUUGUACAUCAAUUCGAUACAGCAGUAUUGGAUUGUAAUUAAGAAUGGGUUUUUACUUUUUUUAGGACUAAGACUUAAUAGCUUAGGGUAACUUUUUCUUUAACGCAAUGUAAAUCCAUUGCUGCUUUGUACAACCUUUUCUACUGUAUGUUUUCUUUACUUAGAUCUUGACUAAGAAAUGUUGGCGUCCAAUAAACUUACACUUUUCUUUCUUUGGAA